UUCGGCUCCCAACAUCCUCACCGUUUCAUUCCUGUCAUGACCAGGACCUCGCACUCGCAGGGCAAUGAGGCGAAGUAUGACACAGAGCGGUGUUGGAGAGGAGUACACGCACCUCAGGCCGAAAAGGAUCCAUGACUUGGUAUCGGUCUUGAACGAGAACUGCGUGGACCUGGGUCAAAGCUAUGCACCAAGGGGAAUCUCGGCCAAAGUCCAAAGCCUUUGGGAUCUCAUGGAAUCUCGCUCGGCGGCUCUGGUUCUGAAGCCACAGGACUCCCAUGCAUCCUCAAGCUCGGGCGAGGAUGGUGCAGACGGCGACGUGUUUCUGCUGAACCAACGAGCAUAUCUUCACUGGCAGCUGGGCCACCGCAUUGAGCACACCUUGGUGAACACUCACUCACGUGAUAAGUCAACUUCCAAACGUGCACCGCCCCUGCCCUUGUGCGAACGACUUGUCGAUGAAGCCUACGAGGACAUGGUGGCCAACUUCAUGUCACGUUUCCUCGACAUAGACCUGGCAGAGACCACAGGCCAUGUGACCAUCCGCCGUGUGGACUAUGAGACAGACUAUGUCAAGGAAUCUGAGAACUUUCCAGGACUCUCCACGAUUUUUGCCUUGUACAGUGUUUACUUCACCCUGGACAUGAAGUUGCCCCUGAAUUUUGGCCGGCCCAUUGUGCGCUCGCAGAAGGCCUCCACAGAGGGUGUUGAAGAGCUGUGGCGCUGGCGGCCGGACCCAUUGUGUCCAAGUCAAGUCUCCCAUCGCACAGAUUUGUCAACGCUCGAGAUGCAUCCCAAGUAUGAUCACAUCAUCAAUCUCUUGGAGAAAGCCUUUCAAUUGGAUGAAGCUUCCAAAGCCGUGCUUUGUGUUCUGAAGAGCAGCUUUGAUGGAACAGGGCCGGUCCUAUUGCUCGUUGCAGUCUUCCGGCCAGCGGUGGUCACCACAGAGAUACUGAUGGUCCAGGUGAUGUGGAAUACCUCAGAUGAUGAGGUCUUCGAGCAGUCCCGUGCGGGGAGCGAAUUGAUGAAGGAGCUCAGCAACUCCCAGCGUUGUGUCCCAGGAGUUGAUGGACUGGCUUUGCAAAUUGGCGGCACUGCGAACUACUUCUGGGACACCAAUCGGAAGAUGGCUUUGCAAGCCUUCGCGCUGCCGGGUUCUUGUCUUGAGCUACCGGAACUCUCUCAGGCCACAUUGUCUCGCAGCAUCCAACCACCGGUGGUCUUGCUUUCGGAGCUGCUCUCGGCGACCUUUGGCCGCGGCGUUCGCACACCGCUGCUGAACCAGCUCGUGUCCCGCUUCGAAGGUGUCUUGGGCCGUCUCGUGGGUCCCGGCAGUGUGUUGUCACGAUUGAUGGCUGGAGCUUUUCGAAGUUCGGUGGACUUGCUGGAGAGCUACAGCCUAGAUACCUUGGCGAGCAUUGCAAAUCCCACUUACCCGCUACACAACAGCCACAGCGUCUUCCAUGAGAACAUGGGUGGCCUCAUCGACAAAAUCUGCAAGCUGUGUGGCCUUGAUCCGCCGCAAGAGGCGUUGAGGGAGAAGCUACAAGAGGUUCAGCAGCUGUGCAUCAAGAUCAGCAGCAAGUAUUGGAGAAAGGAGGCAUGGAAGCCCUUGUGUCACUUGGCGCAUGGAAAUUUCAGCCCCAGCAGCAUUGCUGUGGAUGCCUUUGGCUCCACCUGGCUCUUCAACUGGGGAACGCCGCUACAUCAAUUGAGCUGGCAGCGUGGCAAAGCCAAAUGUGGAGGAGUCCAGCCCUUGUUUCGCGACCUGGCGCGGUUGUCCAUUCGGCUGCUCCUGGAGGGCGGUCUUCCCCUACCAAUGUCCUUGUCACAGGCGCAAGCGAUUUGCACUGCACAGUGGGUCGACCUACCUGAUAUUUCCAGGUGGUUGGAUGUGCCUCAAUCUGUGGCGUACCUUUUCCAGCGGAUGAUGUUCGACACCGAGUUUCAGAAGUCUGAUCAGCGGGCGACCCGGGCACAGGCCUCUCGCCGUGUGAGCAAGUUGCUGGAAUCUACCUCAAUGCUUGGAAGUUAUGGGAUGGACCACUCGCAGGGAAGGCUGGUGGGCCGUGAGGAGGAUGCGCGACGAGCCUUUCAAAACGCUGAAGCGUUGGCGGAUGAGGUGAUGCGCUUGCCAUUGCUGAAGCUCCACGCCCCACCAAAGUCAGCAUCCGAAAUUCCGGCAGAGGAGGACAAACCACCCCAGCCCUCAGGGACCUUUGCCGAGCUCAUGACGGAAGGUGAAGAUGCGAAGCAUGCCAUCGUCAGAGAGUUGGCUUUGAACCAUCAGAAGAUUCUCCACCGCUUCGCGGAAGAGUCGCAGCGCCUAUGCUACGAGCGCUAUUUGCACGAUCCCAGCUGGUUGGUGGACCUCAAUCAACCCGAAGGCGAGAGGCAGGGCCCUCAGCAACAGCUUCAGCCGGUAGACCUGUCCCCACUGCUUUUUGGUUUGCCACUGCUGGAGGAGCUGCUGGACCUCUUAGUCGCUCCUGGCUUGGAUCCCUGGCAGAAGGCGUUUGGCUGCAGCUUUGCUGCGGAAUUAUGCGCUAGGCUCCUGCCGUUGCUGGGUGCCUUGGGCGGCCGCGCGGUCGAGAUGAGUGGAACACAGGAGGACUCCGACGAGGAGAACUUCCUCGGUGUGGACGUGCGCUACGCGGAGGGGCACCGCCUCGCCGGCGAGGCGGAAGGCUUUGGCUUCGGCCGCGGCGGGCGCAGCGACGACGGUACUUUGGGCUACCGCAGUAGCUUGACACCGGAGGUCUUAGAGAAAGUCCUCAUCGGUUGGCCAUGCCCCACUGCAGGGGUGAGAGAGGCGAUGUUGGAUGGUCACAGGAUGAAUGCCGGGAAGCUUCCUCGCGAAGACUUUCAGAAGGAUUUGGAGAUCUUGCAAGCUUUACGCGAGUCCCGUCGUGCCAACCUUUGGCGCAAGAGCGCGGCAGGCUUCUAUGAAUUGGAAGGCGUUCAAGUCCGACAAGAGAUGCAGGUUGCGAAGAAGAAGAGCAUCACACGGAAUAUGACGCUCUCUUCACGACAAGUGACUCAGAGAUUGACCAGAAAGAGCCUGACGAAGGAGAGGGCUGCAAGCAUCAAAACCUUGGAGGUGGUCUCCUUAAAGGAAGACGCCCAGGAGCUGCAGUGGCUGGGCCGGCGAAUCGGUUUGUCCUCAUAUUUGUCCAGCCUGGUGGAGAAGUGCCCGGUGGGUGCCACACACGGCACCGCCACACAUGGCAGCUUCCUGGAGGCUUAUCGCUGCUUCCCCUGCUCCCUUUGCAAUGAGCCGAUCACCUCAGCUGAGACGUCCGCACACAACUUUGCGUAUUGCUUGGACUGCUGGGGACGCCAGCGGCGAUUCACCAUCUGCCACGACUGCCUCAAGGAACACGUCACAACCUGUGACACAGGAAGUCCGAAGCCUCAUCGAAUGCAACUCUUGGAUGUUUCGCCAUAUGCUGGAAUCCCUCAGUGCCACCGCUGUGCGCGACGUCUGGUGUGGCCCUGGGAGAUGCACAUCGGCCAAGGCGAAUCGCCCAGCGAGCCGCAGUGGUUCCACUGCAGCACCUGCGGCAAAAGCCAUGAUUUGUGCUUCUCCUGUGCUGAGAGAAGCUGUCCUCAACAGCAUCCCAUGAGCUUCUUAAGCACUCUUCGUGGAGGUUAUACCUGCAAGAGCUGUGGCAAAGGCGGAAAUGUGCAGCUCUAUCACUGUUGCAUUUGCCAAGAGGCGCGCAGUGAGGUGGUCUACCCCAAUGGCGAGGCGGCCUUGGCCGAUCUGAAGCUCACGAUGAGCAUGAACGAAGUGAAGGUGUCCUCCGUGGUACCCAAUGGCCCGGCGAGCUUAGCGGGCGUCCAAGUUGGACAGCGCCUCACCGUGAACGAUGAGGCGCUGUUGUCGCCACAGGCCUUGGAGGAGAUGCAGGACACGAUCCUGGUGGAGUUCAACAGCUCCAGCAGCUUCGAUGCCAACUUCGAGUCCGCCAAAGCCGUGCGAGAGAACUUGGCGUUUCAGGUGCAAGAGGGUCGGAUCUUCGUCACCGAGGUGCGCAAAUUCUAUGCGCGUUCUGCUGGGAUCGAUUUGGGAUGUCAGCUUUUGACCGUAAAUGGAGAGAAGGCCUUGGCGCUCGUGGAUGGAACGGAUUUGAACCUGGAUUCCUUGAAUGCGCCCUUCGUGCUUCGCCUACGGCAGAGCGGCCCCAAGCUGCUAUGUCACCCAGGCUGUAGUGUUCUAUGUGGGACUGGCCAUGAAAUGAAGGCUCAACAUUGUGGCGGCAUUUUGUGCCCCAGAGGUCAUACCUUGAAGUGUAUGUCAUUUGCAGAGCUGAAGUGUCCAGACUCACUCUGCGAGUCCUGCGGACAGUCGACCGACCUGGUGUUAGCCUGUGCGAACUGCUUGGACACUGAAGCAAUGAAGCCGACCUCAGAUUGCUUCAACCUGCUGUGCUUCAGCUGUGGCUGGCAGCGUGCUGUGAAACGCUGCAGCCCGUCGCCUUAUCCGAACCAGGGCCAAGUCUACUGCUGCGACUGUGGGCGAAAUGUUUUGGAGGCUGAUGGAUCCGAGUCCGGGUCCUUGGAUGAACAUGUUUUUCACCAUUGCUCUUCUUGCUGGGAAGGAGGUGUCAAGCAAGAUCGAUGUUAUUUUUGCAGCAUCCGCCGCCUCAGCUGCCCCAAAUCUCAUCAUUUGCUGCCCUGCUUGGCCUCGCCCUUCUCAGAUGACUUGAGCUGUGCUGGCUGUGGUGAGGAGCUUUUUCCCCAUGAGAUUGGAUACCAUUGCGACGACUGCUGGUGGCAAGGGAGACGAACAGAUCGAUGCCAGAGCUGUGGAGAGUUGUGCCAGCUGAAAUAUAGCAUCGAUCAGAGCGCACGUCUCCAAGUCAUUACCGGUGACGCACCAAAGGAGGACGUGUCGUGGAGGAUGGCAUAUCAGCCAGUUGGGCACACUCUACACUGUUGCAGCGACGGCACCGAGAUCGAGUUGGACAUCGCCAUGAAGUUGAGAGGCUUAGUCUAUCCCCUGGGCGCGCGGAUGUCCUUGCCCUGCGGAGAGGCCACCGUGAUCAGCCUCCACGAGAGUGGGAAGUACGUCCUGCGCCUGGACGGCACACGGAAGCAGCUGCUCUUCGAGCCGGACCUAGCCAACCAUGUGCCUUCCGGCGUUUGGAGAUACAGUCCUGGACAGCUGCUCAUGGUCUUCGUGGACGGCAAGUGGAGGGACCUCAGGGUGCACAAAGUGAGCAACUACGGGAAUCACCACAUUUUGGAGGAGCUGGGACAGCAGAUCCGCUGGGACAUCGAUCUCAACAGCUUGAAUCACUCACCGGCAUGGCUCUCCAGUGAUGAAUGGUGGGUGGAGCUCAGACGUUGGGAGGACGCGUUGCUGUGCGGGCUGAAUGCCACGGAUGUUUUCACCGGGCAGCCAGUGGACAUUUUGACCUUGACUUGGUCGUUGGUGGAUGGACAGGCGAUCUCCAUCACCGAGACGAUUGGCGAAGGCAUUUUCAGCGACCUCCCGACGGAAGCUGAUCCGAGUCUAUGGACUCGCUUGCUGGCUCACCUGGCCCAGCGAGCGCCGGGUCGUCAGCAUGGCGUGACGAACAACGCGGCAGCCUCUCAUGGUGCUCCGGUUCUUUUGUUGGGCCCAGUGGCUUCAGGGAAGACUCGCCUCCUGCGGCGCUUGGCCGUGGAGGCCAUGCUGAGCCAUGAUGGAGAGGUGGUGCCAUUGCUCGUCACAGCCAUGCAGCUGCUCAUGGGCACCAGCAUCAGCCCCCGCGCCUCCAAUGAGUUCUUCCACCAACGCCGCGUCACGCGGCGGUCCGCCAAGGACUCACAGGACAUCGCACUGCGACGGCUGCAAAGCACGGACUUCCUGGUGAUCUUCCUCCGCAUGGCUUUCGGCGCUCAGACGACCACCACGCGCUUCCUGCGGCAGGCACUGCAUUCGCGGCGGCUGCUGCUGCUGGUGGAUGCUUUGGAAUUGAUCCCGAUCAAAAUGCAGGUGGAGCUCCUGAAAGGACUACAACGCCUUUGUCGCAUCGGUGUCCGGGUGGUCGUGGCUGGAAGCCCACCGCCCGACGUCUUCGCCUUCUUUCCACCCAAGGAGGAGACGCAGGCGGAUGUGCCUGAGCAGAAGGAGCAGAAGGAACAGAAGCCAAAGUUUGCGAUGUUUGCCGGCUUGGAUGGGGGAAGCGCGGAGGCCACAUCCGAGCAACGGCCCUUCACCAAGAGAGUGCCCCCAUCACAGGAGCGAGAGGAGUCAGAUUGUUGGUGGAAGCCACGGCAGGAGUUUUGCCAGUUUUGGCUGGUGCCUCCCAGAGAGAUGCAACGACAGAGACGUGCCAAUCUUCGCUUGGGGACCUUGACAGGGACUCCGUUGGAGGUGAUCGAAGAAGCACAGGAGGCCAGGCUCUUCGAUAGCUUCCUCUCGGUGCAAUCUGCGCCCUUCUUGGAGUUGUUUCUGUCACAUGCGGAGAUGGAGAUCUUGCACCCCACGGCAGAGAAGCUCGAUGAGCUCGGUGGAAGCUCACGACCUUCUCCUCGUUCGAGCCAUGCUGAGAGCAUUUUCUCAGAGGUCCCGCAGCGGCUAUCUUUGCCAUCCUUGGUGGAUCCAAAAGAGAAAGAGAAGGAGACAACAGAGGAGGUAGAACCCUUGCUACGUGGUGCCUGUGGCAUUUUGAAUGACUUGUUCGCAGCCAGUUGUGCGCAGAUUAUUUCAUCCUUGCAGGAGGUGAAGAUGUCCCGUGGUGGACGCCUUCCACAAAAAGUGGAACCAGGUCACUUGCAGUUGGCUUUACAGCUCCUGGCACUGAAAGCCACGGAGAAUGGUAGUGAUCGCUUGGAAGAGGAAGAGGCCAACUAUGUCAUUGAAUUUGGAGGCUCCUCACAGUUAAUGACGGCUUGGCGUCAGAUACAGCAAGAGAUGCAAAAUGAGAACUUUUGGCUUCUCAGGAGAUGUGAAUCGUGGAUCUCAUGGGAAGAGCUCGUUGUGCACUACGUUUUUCCAUGCCGCUGUGUUCAGAGCUUUUUAGCCAGUUUGGAGUUGGCGCAGACCUGGAACAAACAAUUCUUCCUCGGCACGAUCGAGGAUGCAUUUGAGGACCCAGCCGCGCAUCCUUUGCUGCCCUUCCUGGCGGAGCUUUUGCCAGGACCCUUGACAUUGCGCUUCGCCGGCAUCACAGAGGAUAAGGCGCGCUUGAUGCUGGAGUUCUUUUGCAGAUGCCCAAUGGAGCGACGAGCUACCCAGGUCGUUGGCAUACGCCAAGGUGAGCUAUUUGAGCUUAUCAGGCUCGGCCAUUGGCCUCCAGCGCAACACCCUGCGCUUGGUCGCGGAUGCUUUGAAGGUCGACCAGCACCUGCAGCAUUUGGAUUUGAGCGAGAACUGCCUUGGCUCAGAAGGGGCUCAUAUCAUUUCUCAAGCAUUGGCCGAGCAUCCCACGCUUGAGGAACUGGUGCUAGCUCGCAAUCACAUCGGCCAAGUUGGUGGUGUGAAGAUUGUGGACUUGCUUCGGGUGAAUCACAACAUCACAAGAGUUGAUAUGGAUGACAAUCCGAUCGGUGCAGACUGGGCUCACUACAUCUACGUGCUGCAACGGGACCGGAGCGCCACAUUGGCCUCUGCGAAAAAGACCCCGAUGGCCAGCGGAGAGUCGGGCGCGCGCAUGAGUUCCUUGAAGCUUGAUGCCUUGCAGAACGAGAUGAAGGAGUUGAAGCCGGCCGUGCCCUUGUCCAAGCGACUUCGGCGGAAGGAGGAGGACAUGAGACCGAGCGGUGUGCUCUCCGCACGUACGCCAAGACUGUUGAGGUGAGAUCUUCUUCACGGCCCUGACGAGCAACGAGAUCGACGAGAUCGACUGCCAGUGCCCGAACUGAGGCCUGAGGCGAAGGCCAGGGUGGUGUUUGAGCUGCAUUGGCCCGCCUUGAGCUGCGCGUGGAAAGAGAUGGACAAACGCAAAUGAGGAUGUUUGAUGUUUGGGUGAAGAUAUUGGAAUUUUUAGGUGGGGAACGCGAGAUCGAAUUCCGAUCGGUGUUCCCUGCGAUAAUUUUGGCCGGGCUACUGUUGGAGCCUGCAAGUGGGUGAUACAACACGAUGUCGUGGGAUUGUUCUGCC